UUCUCGGUCUCUCGAUCUGGUUGGGGGGUUUUAUAGGGUUUAAGCUGCGAUGGCUCUCUGAGCUUCUUCGUUUGUAAAUCCUCAUCGCUCUUACGAGACGACGACUUUGUCUAACUCAAAAGAUUUCCUUUUUUUUUCUCGUUAGAUUUAGUUAGAAGCUGAUUUGUGAUCUGAGAUGGCGACAGAGCAGAGCGAAUUAGAAAACCAGGAGAUCCAACCAAACCAAGUGGCUCCUGGCUUUGUAGGAGCGAUUGAAGAACAAUACAAGAAACUCAGAGAUCACGCCGAGGCUUAUCCAUACGUUUGGGGUUCUUAUACUGUUGUCUACGGCGGUCUUUUCCUUUGGACUGCUUAUAGAUGGAGGAAGCUUAGGAGAACUGAGGAUCGAGUUCGUGGUCUUCAGACUAAACUUAGGAAACUCGUCCAAGACGAACAAGCAGCGGCAGUAACAUCUUCUAAAUCAGUGGACAAGUCUUCUUCGGUUUCUGACAAGACAUCAUCAGUGCCUUGAUUAGUUACUAGUUUAUAAUCAUCAAAAACCAUUGUCUCUGUUACGAGAUCUGUUUUGUUGCUAUGCCUUUGUUAUUUUUACCCGCAUAUGCUUUUUAUAUAAAGUCAAAUUCAUGUAUAACCAAUUCAAUAUUCAUAAGGUUCAA